AAUAGUAGCUACUGUCUACUAAUUCUGACCAUUAAAUAUUUAGUGAUGUUGCAAAAUAUCUCCUAAAAGGCGUCAGAGUUGGUUAAGCUUAUGGUUGUGGUGACUCCGUCCUUCUCCUUCCAAUUGCAAACAGAGACAGAAGCAUGGUGGGUGCGUGCAGAGCACCUCCCAUUUCCCAUCUUCCUCCAUGGAACCCCAAAACCCCAUCUUCUUUAAGCAGGCGUGUGUUCCUCUUGUCUCUGCCCCUCUCUUCAGCCUUCCUUCAAUCAUCUUCCUAUGCUGCCACCACAGUGUAUGACCCAGUAAGCCCUUCUGAGAAAGAUGCAAGCACUUUGAUUUCACUCAGAGUCUCUGAAGCUGUGAACUUGUUGGAAAAAGGCAAAGAAUUGCAAGCUCGCGGUGACUUCAAUGGCGCUCUUGACUGCUUUUCUAAGGUUAUUGAAAACUAUAAAGACUUGGCAUUCUCAGAGUACGCAAGGGUAGGAAGAGCACUUGCACUCUAUGAAGUUGGUGACAGAGAAGAAGCCAUUGCAGAGAUGGAAGACGUUUCCAUAUCUCUAAAGGGCUAUCCAGAAGUACAUGCAGCUCUUGCAGCAGCCUUAUAUGCAGAUAAGCAUGCUCCAUUGCUUGCUGAGAACCAGUUCACCAUUGCAACACUGCUUGAUCCCCAUUUCACAGACCUUUCAUAUGUCAGAGACACCAAGCACUGGCCUCCAAGUUUGAUUAGUUCUCUGCAGCACUUCAUCACACUAUCUUAGCACUUCAUUCAUACAUAUUGUACUAUACCCAUGCUUAGUACUUAGUAGACCUAAAUGUAUAACCCUCUUUUUUUUUUUUUAAUUCAUUAUCUUAACUCUUGCUCUGAAUUGUAAUAAACUGUGAUGUGAUAUAAAUUUUGAUCUAAAAAAACAUAAAU